AUAGCAACCGCGGAAGUGUGUCUGUAUGCUGCCUCUGUCUUCGUGACAAGAAUAAACUUCAGAAACAAGUGAAACAAAAGAAGUAAGUGGACUAUGGAGGAUAACCAAGACAGGCUGCAAUCAGCUGCCUCACUCAAGGCUUACAUGUUGAAGAACAGUACGAAGAGCAACCUCAACCUUUAUGACCACCUCAGCCGGUUGCUAAUAAAGGUGAUGGAUGAGCAGCCACAGAAUGCAGUGGAUGUGAUCGAGGAUAUGAGUCAUGACAUGAAGCAGGGUUUGUUUAAAGACAAGCAAAGCACCCUGCGAGACCUUCCACAGACUACAGCGGCUGAGCUGCUGGCUGAACAGCAACGACUUCUGUUCUCUCAGCCAGAAGAUACUGAGCAGGAGGACGAGCUGGUGGAAACACCUCUUCCUAAUGUGAGUGAGAUUGGCUUCUACCUGGAGCAAGCUGGAGUGGGUCUGGGCAGAGAAGAGAUGCAGAGGGUCUUUCUCGCACUCAAGCAGCUUGUUGAGUUACAGGCGAUCCUGCGCUGCAGACUGUGGGGCAAGAUUCUGGGAACAGAGAGCAGCUAUAUUGUUGCUGAAGCUGAGUGCAGAGAGUGGGAGGAAGAGGAAGAGCAGAUCACUGACGAGGCAGAAGAGGAAGAGGAGAGAGAGGACAAGUGUCGGGAAAGUGAGGACAAUGAGGUGGAUCCACUUCCUCAGUCGACCUAUAAAACCCCACCAGUGGUGCCAAAGGAGGCCGCAGGAACAGGUGCUAACAAGUUUUUUUAUUAUGUGUGUAAGGAGCCUGGUCUUCCGUGGGUAAAGCUCCCUUCAGUCAGUCCUGCGCAGAUCACUGUUGCUCGCCAGAUCCGUAAAUUCUUCACCGGGAGGUUGGACUCACCAGUUCACAGCUUCCCGCCUUUUCCCGGGAAUGAAGCCAACUAUCUGAGAGCACAGAUUGCUCGGAUAUCUGCUGGCACACAGGUCAGCCCCCAGGGCUUCUUCCAGGCUGGGGAGGAGGAAGGUGAUGAGGAAGAUGAGGCACCACGAGACAGCUAUGAAGUGAAUUCUGAUUUUGAGGCCAUUCCAGUUGCUGAGAUGGCUGAGUCUUUGUCCACCUGGGUGCAUCAUGUUCAGCACAUUCUGCCACAGGGCCGUUGUAUGUGGGUGAACCUGGCCGUUGAACCAGAAGAAGACCCUAAUGAGGACGGAGAGGGUGAAGAGGAGCCAGAUGAGCCUGAGCCAGAGGUUGGGCCCCCUCUGCUCACUCCUGUUUCCCAGGAUGCAGAAAUAUUCAACACCGCUCCCUGGAGCUCCAAGAUGUCAUCCACUCUCACCUCUCAGCAUGCAGUAGCUUUGCUGCGUUCUAACAUCUGGCCAGGGGCAUAUACAUAUUCUUGUGGAAAGAAGUUCGAGAACAUAUAUGUUGGAUGGGGUCUGAAGUAUGCAGGGGAAGGGUACAGCCCAUCUGUCCCCCAGCUACCACAGAGAGAAUAUCCCAGCGAACCAGAAAUCACAGAGGCACUGGACCCAUCACUGGAGGAGGAGCAGGCACUGAGAGAGGAUUUAGAGGAGCAGCAAGCGGCCCAGGAAGAGUUGGAGGACGCAGAUGAAGAAGAUGAGGAAUAUGAUGACUGAGAAAACAGUUAUACUUUUUGAAAAUCUAAGUUUGAACUUUCAAGUGUUUAUUUGUAUGUCAAAAGCCAAAUAAAGUAUUUUACUUAGCAACAAA